UGCCCAUGACAAUAAGAAAGAAACUAAAUCCAUGAAUCCUGUCAAUCUACUUAGUUGUGAAACACUUCCAUUGUCAGCCCUGUAAUCACUCCUGCUUCCACUCCCUCUUCCGUGCCGCCAAGCGGGCAAUCGAAUCCAAUAAACAAUUCCAAGGGCCGCUCGUUCACACUUCUUCUCGAGUCCGUCGACCGCUGAUGCCGCUCCGUCUUGUUCAACACCAUUUAAAGGUCCACCUCCUGAUGGUGAGACCCCGUCCACGGCACCAAGACAUGAGGCCCCCCCGGCUGGGAUAUGCGCAUAUUACCACUGUUGAACUUGAGAGAACACGCCUUUCCUAUGGACUUCUCCUUCCGACCGUUCAACCGACAAUUGAUGUCUCCGACUGGAUACCCCUCCGACUGACGGUCCAUCCUAGACCGGAACGCUGUUCCAUCCGAACUGAACCAAUCCUUACCUCCCGCGACCUCUCUGACUUUGAACGGGCCACCGUGCCAGUCCACAUGCCGAGGGGAAUCCUUCCGACCACCGAGCAAACGAGUCUUCGUAAGGGUCUCGAAUUCAUACCUGCUAGGAGUCCCAUCCACCUCAUCAACUCCUUUGAACGGUCGGAGCUCGAGCGGAAGUUCGCGACGUGCUCCAUUGUGGAACGCAAACACCAUGAGCCGCACCGGCUGCGCAUACUGCAGCACCAGCCGCAGGGAAACACCCUUGAUAAACACCGUGUCAAAUCCACGAUACUGAUCGUUAGGCGGGUAUUGCUGGCCCCGCUGCGCAGGAAUCAUCUCCGUAAUCGGGAGCGUCGCAUACUUAUUCUUCGCUCGGGGUCCACCCCGGUAGCACAUCCACGGACCAACGUCGUCGUACGUCGUACUCAUGUUCUCCCCCCGAACCACCUUCCUCGCACAUUGCAUGCUCGCGUACACACUGCGCGGCGGUCCGCGCAGCUGCUUCUCCACCAAAGCCGCCACCAGUGCCUUGAUCUGCCUCCCCUGCAAGUCACCCUUGCCUCUGGGCUUCCUCUUCACGGAUUGUUUCUUCCUGUAGUAUGCCAU